ACGUCAUGAACAAAGCUGGUGUCUCGAGACACAUUUGAAUUUAUUUGUAACUUUAUUUUGAACUUGACAUGGUGUCUAAAACACGUGGUGAUCCUGCACAAGACGCUGAAAAAAAACAAAAAACACCUGGAAAAACGUACAUAUAGGGUGGACGGACGGGGAAACAAUAUUCGUUGUGAACGGCUUCUUAGGCAGAACUAACUGAGCUGGUAAGCCAUUUUUAUGGGCUGUUCAUGCUCAUUACGUAUGCAUCCCGGAAAUGCAAUGCGUACUGCGUAGCGUGGCCACGCUCUCUACUCUGAUGUCUGUUAUGGCUGAACACGGCGUGAUGGAAACUAUCGAUGUGGUAAAGUAACGUUUACCUGUUUCUCCAGCAAUACAGAUGUGGGCGAGAAUAUUUCUUUGUCCCGCGCUGAUCAGACAGAUUCAUCUCACGUGGAGUCACAGAUCGCUCAUCACAAUGCAGCUGAAAACAAAAGAGUUCGAGUCUUUAUUUACUGACGGACUAGUUGGUCUAGCAGAAAUAUUUGAAAAGAACCAGUUUGAGCUGAGGAUUGCCGGUGGUGCAGUACGGGAUCUUCUGUCAGGAAAAUGGCCUGAAGAUGUGGAUUUUGCCACCACAGCCACACCAGAGGAAAUGAAAAAAAUGUUUCAGACAGCGGGGAUCAGGAUGAUAAACAACAAAGGGGAGAAGCAUGGCACUAUAACUGCCAGGCUUCAUAAUGAGAACUUUGAGGUGACCACUUUGCGAGUGGAUGUACAGACCGAUGGGCGGCAUGCAGAGGUGGAGUUUACCACUGACUGGCAGAAAGAUGCAGAACGUAGAGACCUCACCAUCAACUCCAUGUUCCUGGGGCUGGAUGGGACUUUGUAUGAUUAUUUCCAAGGAUAUGAGGACCUCAAGAACAGGAAAGUAAAGUUUGUUGGCAGUGCCUCACUACGGAUCCAGGAGGACUAUCUUCGAAUUUUGAGAUAUUUCAGAUUCUAUGGACGAGUGGCAGCUGAGCCCAAACAACAUGAACCUGAGACUCUGAAUGCAAUCAGAGAGAAUGCCAAUGGAUUGGCAGGGAUCUCAGGAGAGCGGAUCUGGGUGGAACUGAAGAAAAUGCUUGUUGGAAACCAUGCCGGUCACCUUCUUGAGCUCAUCUAUGAGCUGGAUCUGGCCCAGUACAUAGAGGUCUAUGUGUUGUAUGCAGGUCUUCCAGCAGAUGGCAGUGUUGGAGAGAUGAAGCAGAUCUGGCAGAGGGCUCGUGAGAGCUCUCUUAAACCCAUGACUAUCCUGGCCGCUCUGUUCCGAAACCAGGAUGAGGUAGAGAGGAUGGAUCUGCGACUAAAGCUUUCCAGAGAAGAGAAAAACCUGGGCCUCUUCUUGGUUAAACACAGACGAGACCUUGUUAAGGGGCUAGAUGAACAUGAAUGCCUUAAACCGUACACGGAUUUCAUAAUUGAUUCCCGAGAGCCGGACACCCAGAGUAAAGUCCUGGAGUUACUAAAGUACCAGGGAGAAAAGAAGCUCUUGGAUGAGCUACGCAGGUGGUCCAUCCCUCGUUUCCCAGUCAGUGGGCAUGACCUGCGCAAGCUGGGUAUUACCUCGGGUAAGGAGAUUGGCACUAUCCUGCAAGAGCUUAGGGACACGUGGAAGAAUAGCCACUAUCAGAUGAGCAAAGAGGAACUCCUGGCAACUCAACAGAUCCUGAAAUAAGACAAAAGAACACACUAGUAUCAAAACUGCUUAUGUCUCUGCAUGCACAUGCUGUAGCCUAAGGCAUCAAGAGUCAGUCUUGUGUGCUGAAGAAGCUCUUCCUUCCCACCUCAAUUGUGUCUUGUGUGGAGAGAAAUAAAACCAUCAAGGCUGUCUUUUGGCACUUAAUAACAUUUAUUACUUUUUGUUCUGUGGCUCACAAAUACAAAGUUACCUAAGGUUUAUGACUGUCAUAAGUUGUGAAGGUUGCUGUCUUGUGUAUCUGUGGUUGCUUUGUGUUUUGCUUGGUUUUCAGGACACAGACAAUGGCUUGGAGCUUGGCGCCAUGAACGUUGCCAGAUUUAGAACACAGAAAUAAAUGAAGCUUUUACCCAGUCCUUGAGCCACAGGCAUUGUAAACACUCUCAAAAUGUUCUGUCUGCUGUUUAAACUAUUCAUGGAAUUCACAGAACCUUUACUUUGUAAAUGGGGAUUUAGUUUGUCAUAUCAUUAUUGAAUAUUAUUCAUUAAUAUGAUCAGUUUAAGGCAAAAAUUCUGACUCAAGCUAAAUUGCAUGAUGAAAGGAUGCCAAGUUAUUUUCUUCAUUUGAUGCAGGAUUUGUCCUUUGAGAGUAGUGAACUGGUGUAAUUAUUAUACUAAAGGAUAUAAUUCAGCUGUCUCAGAGAUGAGCUAUGAUUUUUCUCAAGAAGCUGUAGCCAUGGUUUCAAUAUGAGGACAUUUUCUUUUGUCAACAAUUCAUGGUUGUUGAAAGGUUAUGUAACCAACUCCCCAGGUGUAUACUUUGAAAUAAAGUAACACGCAUUA